AUGAGGCGGGACUCCGAACAUAAGAGCGUUGUGCAGAGACUCGAAAGCGAUUUCAUCAGGCAGGAGAAGCUGGUCAAGGAUGCGCAGGAAAACGCAAGGGAAGCGGAGAAGCACAAUUCUGAGAGCGAAAAGAGCUGGUCCAAGCGGCUUUCGAAGUCGGAUCAUGAUUGGUCUAAGAAAUUGUUGAGCGCCGUCCACGAGUGGUCCAAGAAGUUGGAAGACGUGGAAACCGACUGGGAGCAGCGUCGAUACCGCGAUGUGCAAGAGAAAGAGCGGUACUGCGAUGAGCGAAUCGAAGAUUUGCAUCGCUUGCAUGCAGAGGAAAUUUCAGCGAUGGAAAUGGAGCAUAUAAAGAGAAUAGAAGUGGAGAAGCAGUGCGCGGAGCGGGACAAGUCGAAAGAGAUGUCUGACGUCAAGGCUGAAUGCGCACAACGUCUCGAAGAACAGAAGCUAGUUCACGAAAGGAACCGAAUAGAUUUGGAGCUCAAAGCGGCCAGCGAAAAGGAGGCUCUGGAAAAGCACUGGGCGCAAAAGCUCAAAGACGCCCGUGCCAGAUCUGCCAGUGAAAAAUCAGAGUCGGAGAAGAGCACUCAGCGAAAGAUCGAGGAAGCCAAGAAGAAAAGUGAGGCGGAAACACUGGAGAUGGAGCAAGCUUGGCUUGAGAAAUUCCAUGAUGAGCAGGCAGCUUUCGCGAAGGAGCGCGACGAUAUAAAUGAAGAGUGGAGACAGAAACUAAGCAAGCUCGAGAAAGAGGCAAUGGCGGAGGAUGAGGCCUUCAAAGCCGAAAUGGAAGAGAAACUCCUUGGGCUGAUUCAAAGGCUGACAGAAAUGGCGAAAAGGGAGGCAAAAAAGGAAAUGAAAAGGGUCCACCUCUUGCAACAGCCAGGUUGA